AUGCCCAGGAAGAAAUUGGAGAGAAAUAAAAAAGGUUUUUUGUUUUUUUCUCCAGGAGCACUUCUCAGUGUUUCCUUUGCACAGACUCGUCAGUUCUACUUUGUGAACACUCCUUUAAACUGGAGAGAUGCUCAGAGUGUCUGCAGACAGAACUACACUGACCUGGCCACCAUAGAGAAUACAGCCGAUGUUGAUGCAGCUAUUGUUGCAUUAUCAAAUUAUACAGGCACGGUUGCUGGCACACCCACUUACAUUCUUAUUAACACCCGAUUGAACUGGACAGAUGCACAGAAAUACUGCAGACAGAAUUAUGUGGAUUUAGCAAGUACAACAUAG